AUAUAUUUAGGGUCUGGUUGUGUUUCUUCAUCUUUUGUCUGCGUGCUUUUGCUUCUUCGUUUAAUCUUUGCCUAUUGCUCGAAUUCUGCAUCUUCCGAUUCUGAAGGGAACAACGGAAAAAUAAGAACACCCAAGAUUUGGCCAAAUAUGGACAUGAAGGAACAAAGGAUGGAUUUUAAGUCGAUAAUGAAGGAGGCUGAAUUUCUGGGCUCCGCGCAUAUGACAUGGAAGGAAAAAAAGGAGCUGGAGAACAGGAAAGUAGUUGCGCUUGGUGGGAAGCCUCAGAAGAAACAGAGAUUACCACUUAGUGUAGCACGAGUAAUGAUGAAGAAACAGAAGGAAAGGGAGGAGAAAAUGCAAGAAGAGAAUUUGGUACUUGGACGAUUUGGGGGAGCUAGUAGUUCAAGAAAAGCAGCAGGACGGCGCAGACCAGAGGAUAGGGUGCUGAAAUCAACUGAAGGUAACUUCAGAAACGGUGUGCUUGAUGUUAAACAGUUGCUAAAACCUUCUGCGCCUAAAGCAUCAUUUGAUGAUGGGAAGAAGUCUUUUUCUUCGGGUAAAGGGAGGAAGAAGAAAAAGGGAGGUAAAAAGAACAAAGGCAAGAAGAACAAAGGUGGUGGUCCUGGUAAGAAGCGCCAUUAAACAUGGGCAUACAUUGAAACAGUGAUUAACACAGCGUGUGGGAUGCCAACUUGCGUUAUAGAACAAGUAGUUCCAUAUUUUGGUCGUUGGUAUCUUAAAAAGGGAUGAAACUAAGGAUAUUACGUAGCUAUCAUGCACCAAGGAG